AUGAGGUGGUAUACGCGCCGUCGCUCUCGGACUGUCUGUCUAUCGCUGGUCGUUGCCUCCCUCUCUCUCCAUCUCCUCCUCACCGUACUAUCUCGCUCCGUCUACCAGAACCACUGUGAUGCCCCCUCCCCUCGUCAGACACACCUCAACACCCUCCGAGCCCUGGUGGAUACCAACUACACCUCCAGGAUGUCGGACAACCACGCCAGCUAUGCCAAGACACCCCCGGACACCAGAAAAGUGAACUCUUCCCAUAUGGACAGCAAUGGCCCUCAAAAAAUGUCAGAAAAGGACGCUGUCACAACCAAAAUGGCCGUCAAGGUAGGUCAUGGACAUAAGGAGGAAGGGCCUGUAGACUCACUCACCAUGACGGUAAGGGUAGGAAAGUUUGGCUCGAUGGGGAUUAAGCCUAUGGGAUCCGGGAUGUCGAAAUUAGAGGCUCUUUUUAGCCACCCGCUCUACAACAUGCCAACCCCGCCCAUCCAUGAAGAUGAUUGGCUGCUGAAGGUGAAGCCCAAAGGGACGGCGGGCGAGAUGAGCACACAGAUGUGGGUGAGUGACAGUGACAUCGGCGAUGACUCAGCCCAUUGGAACAGGAGCAGUGACAGCCACCCCCCCUGGCUGAGGUUCCAUCUUGGUAUCUCCCGUUGGCAGCUCUACCCCCACCUGGACCCCAACAUGGCACCUCUUGCUCAGCAGCUCAGCACACACCGUAUCGUCAGCGCAGUGCAGAAGUCUGGAGGGACACAGCUGAAGCUGGUGAUGUCAUUUCCUAACUACGGACAGGCCAUCCUCAAACCAAUGAAACAAGAGCGUGAUGAGGAGACCAACUUCAACCUCUACUACUUCUCUGACUUUGAGAGACACAACGCAGAGAUCGCUGCUUUUCACCUGGACAGGGUGUUGGGUUACAGGCGGAUCCCCCCAGCCGUUGGGAGGCUGGUUGACGUGGUAACAGAGAUCAAAGACAUCACCACUGACCACAAACUGGCCCGGACCUUCUUCACCUCUCCUGUGAAUAAUGUGUGUUUCUAUGGCCAGUGUUCCUACUACUGCAGUACGGAGCACGCUGUGUGUGGUCGACCCCAGAACCUUGAGGCCUCCCUGGCCAUGAUGCUGCCGGACACCUCCUUGGCUACCAGACGUAGCUGGAGGUCUCCCUGGAAACGCUCCUACAGCCGCAGCAAACUGGCAGUGUGGGAGAAAGACCCAGACUACUGUGACACAGUGAAGAAGACCCCACCAUACAACAAGGGAACCAGACUGGUGGACCUGAUAGACAUGACAAUACUAGACUUCCUCAUGGGUAAUAUGGACCGACACCACUAUGAGACGUUUGAGAAGUUUGGCAACAACACUUUCCUUCUGCACUUAGACAACGGGAGGGCGUUUGGACGUCACUCUACAGAUGAACCCUCUAUCCUGACACCUCUGGAGCAGUGCUGCAGGAUCCGUCGCUCCACCCUCCUACAUCUGCGUCUCCUCUCCCUGCCCCAGUACCGUCUCAGUGAUGUCAUGAGGGACUCCCUUUCCCAUGAUCCUCUAUUCUCCGUGGCCCCCCUCCUCUCAGAGCUGCACCUCUCUGCCCUGGACCGUCGCCUAGUGACCGUGCUCCAAACCGUGAGCCGUUGCCAGGAGCGACAACGUAGUCGCCAUGGAGAAGGCGAUGAUGAUGUCAUCUAUGAUGAUGUCACUGAUUAUAAGACUUUGGUUAAACACGUGACACCUGCAGGGUAGUGUGGUCACGCCCCCUCGACAACAGCAUUUCAACCGUCUGAAGAAAUUAUGUCAUGGCGCAUCACCAUGGUGAUGAUGAUUUGUGUGUGACAUCAUUGCAUCAGCAAGUCACAAGAGUGACAUAAUUACAUUUAGAGUUCUUGGCCACAUUCGUUUGGCUCCUAACUGUUAAAGAGAGGAUAGCUGUGUCUGCAGUGUCACAGUAGUUAGGGAAUAGGAUGCCUUUCCAGACACAGACUAUGUGUAGGUUUAGUGUGGUGUAUGGAUGGGAUGUUUAAAUCACUGUGUACAUUUAUUAUUAGGCCUCAUUAAAUGUUGUCUUAUUUAAUACAUGGAGCAUACUUAGUGAAA